AUGGGCGGAUGUUGUUGCCAUAAAUCUGGGAUUUAUUCUGGUGAAUCGUCUUUCAAAAAAACCAGAGAUGGUCGACCAUUUCGGUAUUUGAGAUGUGAUCGGGGACGCAGGAGUAAGCCGAGAGAUCUUGAGAACGCAAUUCGGAAGGACACAAAAACCAAAGCCAAUGGUUGUCCUUUCUACAUUAAGAUAUACUACGAGUUCAUCACCGACAGUUGGAUUAUCCGGGCGAAAAAUGAUGAAAGUGGGACCCACAACCAUCCAAUGAUUGCGUAUCUAGAGGGGCAUCGUAAAAUUAGUGGGUUGAGACCAGAUGCGAAGCAGGUUGUGCGUGACAUGACGAAGUCUAAGGUUGCACCGCAUAACAUCAUGGCGACUAUUGCCGAGCAGUUUCCUGAUGGUCAUCCAAACAUCAGACACAUCUACAACAGCCGGAAUGACUUGAGAUCGGAGAUUUCUGACGGGAGAGGAGUUGUUCAGCAAUUUCUACAUUUGGCGAGACAGAGUUAG